AUGUUCGAGACAUGUUUUUUUUUUUUUUCAUUCUUUUGCAAUAACGUUGUGAGAUUCAAUUCACUAUGUUGUCCUCAUAAAAUUGUAUUUUGCUCUUUUCUUUACUCAUCUAUAAUUUACUUUUCCCAAAGCCCACAAGCUGAAAAGGGAAAAGUGCAUGACAUUUCAGAUGUUCAUCUUUCUAUUCCCCCCCACCACAUUUUUUUUUCUUUCCCCUCUUCUUUCAAGGGACAUAAUCACCUGGUGGGUGAAACGGUAAGGAUUUUGAAACCAGGGUUGUUGUUGUUGUUGUUGUUUUUCUUCUUCUUCUUCUUCUUCUAUUUUAUUUCUUCUUCCUCUUCAUUUCUUCUUCAUUUCUUCUUCUUUCCUCGUUUCAACAUCUUUUUCAUUUUGUCUUCUUCAUUUCUUCUUCUUUCUUCAUUCUCUCUACGUCUUCAUUUCUUCUUCUUUUUCUUCAUUUCUUCCUCUAUCUUCAUCUUCUUCAUUAUUUCUUCUUUUUCUUCAUUUCUUCCUCUAUCUUCAUCUUCUUCAUUAUUUCUUCUUUUUCUUCAUUUCUUCUUCUUUCUUCAUAUCUUCAUCUUCUUCAUUUCUUAUUCAUCCUCAUUUCUUCUUCUUUUUCUUCAUUUUUUCAUCGUCUUCGUUUCUUCUUUUUCGUCUUCUUUUUCUUUAUUUCUUCUUCUUUCUUCAUUUCUUCUUCUUCUUCAUUUCCUUAACUUCAUUUCUUCUUCAUCCUCAAUUCUUCUUCUUUCCUUAUUUCUUCUUCUUUUUCAUUUUUCUUCUUCUUUCUUCAUUUCUUCUUCUUCUUCAUUUCCUUAUCUUCAUUUUUCUUCAUUUUCAAUUCUUCUUCUUUCCUUAUUUCUUCUUCUUUUUCAUUUUUAUUCUUCUUUCUUCAUUUUUCUUCGAAUUAUUCUUUCUUCUUCUUCAUUCAUUUCUUCUUCUUCAUUUCUUCUUUCCUUCUACAUUUCUUCUUGUUCAUGUCUUCUUCCUCCUUCAUUCGUUCUUCUCCUUCAUUUCUUCUUCUUUCUUCAUUUCUUCUUCUUCUUAUUCUUCUAUUUUAUUUCUUCUUCCUCUUCAUUUCUUCUUCAUUUCUUCUUCAUUUCUUCUUCUUUCCUCGUUUCUACAUCUUUUUCAUUUUGUCUUCUUCAUUUCUUCUUCAUUCUUCAUUCUCUCUACGUCUUCAUUAUUUCUUCUUUUUCUUCAUUUCUUCUUCUUUCUUCAUAUCUUCAUCUUCUUCAUUUCUUAUUCAUCCUCAUUUCUUAUUUCUUCUUCUUUUUCUUCAUUUUUUCAUCUUCUUUCUUUGUUUCUUCUUUUUCGUCUUCUUCUUUUUCUUUAUUUCUUCUUCUUUCUUCAUUUCUUCUUCUUCUUCAUUUCCUUAUCUUCAUUUCUUCUUCAUUCUCAAUUCUUCUUCUUCCCUUAUUUCUUCUUCUUUUUCAUUUUUCUUCUUCUUUCUUCAUUUUUUCUUCGAAUUAUUCUUUCUUCUUCUUUAUUCAUUUCUUCUUCUUCAUUCGUUCUUCUCCUUCAUUUCUUCUUCUUUCUUCAUUUCUUCUUCUUUCUUCAUUUCUUCUUCUUCUUCUUCUUCUUCUUCUUCUUCUUUAUGGCAUUCUGUUUAUUUCCUUCUUUCUUUCUUUCUUUCUUUCUUUCUUUCUUUCUCGGUCUGUUUCUUGCUACUUAUCUAUCUAUCUAUCUAUCUAUCUAUCUAUCUAUCUAUCUAUCUAUCACAAUGUGUUCAAAUCUGUCUGUUCAGAUCUAUCUAUCUAUCUAUCUAUCUAUCUAUCUAUCUAUCUAUCUAUCUAUCACAAUGUGUUCAAAUCUGUCUGUUCAGAUCUAUCUAUCUAUCUAUCUAUCUAUCUAUCUAUCUAUCACAAUGUGUUCAAAUCUGUCUGUUCAGAUCUAUCUAUCUAUCUAUCUAUCUAUCUAUCUAUCUAUCUAUCUAUCACAAUGUGUUCAAAUCUGUCUGUUCAGAUCUAUCUAUCUAUCUAUCUAUCACAAUGUGUUCAAAUCUGUCUGUUCAGAUCUAUCUAUCUAUCUAUCUAUCUAUCUAUCUAUCUAUCACAAUGUGUUCAAAUCUGUCUGUUCAGAUCUAUCUAUCUAUCUAUCUAUCUAUCUAUCUAUCAGAAUGUGUUCAAAUCUGUCUGUUCAGAUCUAUCUAUCUAUCUAUCACAAUGUGUUCAAAUCUGUCUGUUCAGAUCUAUCUAUCUAUCUAUCUAUCUAUCUAUCUAUCUAUCUAUCACAAUGUGUUCAAGUCUGUCUGUUCAGAUUCAGAUCUAUCUAUCUAUCUAUCUAUCUAUCUAUCUAUCUAUCUAUCACAAUGUGUUCAAAUCUGUCUGUUCAGAUCUAUCUAUCUAUCUCUAUCUAUCUAUCUAUCUAUCUAUCUAUCUAUCAAUGUGUUCAAAUCUGUCUGUUCAGAUCUAUCUAUCUAUCUAUCUAUCUAUCUAUCUAUCACAAUGUGUUCAAAUCUGUCUGUUCAGAUCUAUCUAUCUAUCUAUAUAUCUAUCUAUCUAUCUAUCUAUCUAUCUAUCUCGGCUUGUUUCUUGCUAUCUAUCUAUCUAUCUGAGUCGGUUCAUAUCUAUCUCUCUAUCUAUCUAUCCUAGUUUGUUCGUUUCUAUAAUCUAUUCUGUUCAUAUCUAUCUAUUUGCUCACUCAUCAAUUAUCUCCCGAAAAACUAAGCUAUCACAUCUCUUCUCUCUCUCUCUCUUUCUCUCUCUCUCUCUUUCUCCCCCCUCUCUCUCCUGGUUUAAAUAG